GGACAUCAAACCUGACAACAUUCUCCUCGACCGGUGUGGCCACAUCCGGCUGGGGGAUUUCGGAUCCUGUCUCAAGCUGCGAGAAGACGGGACGGUCUGUUCCACAGUGGCCGUGGGCACCCCCGAUUACCUCUCCCCGGAGAUCUUGCGAGCAGUGGAAGAUGGGCUUCAUCCCUACGGCACGGAAUGCGACUGGUGGUCUCUGGGCGUUUUCGCCUACGAGAUGUUCUUUGGACACACCCCCUUCUUUGCCGACUCCGUGGCGGAGACCUACGGCAAGAUCCUGCACUUCAAGGAGCAUUUCCGCUUCCCCCUCUUGACCCCCGAGAUCCCCCCGGAAGCCCAGGCCUUAAUCGAAGGGCUGAUCUGCUCCCGGGAGACCCGCCUGGGACGCAACGGGGUCCAGGACUUCAAGGAGCACCCGUUCUUCGUCGGCAUCGACUGGCAGAGCCUGAGGGACUGCAGCCCGUCCUUCGUGCCCGAGUUCGCCAACGCCACGGACACCUGCAACUUCGACGUGGUGGACGACUGUCUCACCGACAUG